AUGGCUAUAGCUCUGGAAAGCAACGUACUUCGUAUUCAACUAGGUGCUCUUUUCCUCACGAGCUCUACUGAAUGCAAUCACUGGUUCAUUAAUGUGCAGAUCGCAGAGGGUUCAGUGCGAUUCCACAUGAUGGUCGACGCAGACCAGAACGGUGAUACAGUUUACGACGUCAAACAAUCUCCGAAUGCGGUGACGGGCCGUGCCAUCAAAUUGCAUGACUUCCAGCCUAUCGUUCAGCUCAAGGUGGGACACAUAGACCAAGCCAUAAGGGAGAGAAACCUUCACCGUUACGAGUUUGGCCCAGAGGGCUCCGGCUGUCAGCACUGGGUCUACCUAGUGAUUGCGUGUUUAGAGGAAAAAAGGUGGCUGCCACAAGGAAGCAAGAAUAGGGCCUGGGAGGCUGUGCAGCAUUGUUGGUCAACAAGAGCUGGAGCGGAUGGAGAGACAGAACUAGUUUCUAAACGGAUCGAUGUGGUUUAUGGAAGCGAAUAUCAAGAGGAGGACGAAGAUGAUGAUGACGACGGAUCUGGCCCUGCUACAGCUCCAAUAGUUCCUCCCGGCGCUUACCUCGCCUCGGAUCGUCGCUUGUAUCCUCUGCCAGGCUUCUACCUCGCCUCAGACGGUAACUACUACCGCAGAUAA